CGGUUGGCAUUGCUGCAUAAUAAAUCGGGGGUAACAUGGCGGCCUGAUAAGUGAAUCACCUUUUACAACAUGGAGUGUCGAAUAAACCGCCUUUACUGUUCUUUUUCUGGAUAAGGAUAUAUCGGGCUCGGUAGGCGAGCCAUGGCCGCCACAAGUGAUUCAUUCAUGUCGGUCGAAGACCUCAAGAGAGAGGUCGAGAGGCUGACCAGAGAAUUGAACGACACUACGACAGAAAAAUUGCAAGCGGCCGAAUAUGGAUUGGUUGUCUUGGAAGAAAAGCAGCAACUGCAACAGCACUAUGAAGACCUUGAAGCACAACUGGAAACAACACGAUCGGAAUUGGAUUGCGCGAAAGAGGCUCUGGGCAAACAACACACAAGCCUCAAGCGGCACCACGAGAGCGGCGUGCACCAUGAGGAGGAGUUCCUGGAGGAGACGGCCCAGAGGGAGGAGAACUACCAGACCUCCAUCUCUGAUCUCGAGCAGGACCUCAAGGUCUGCCGCGCCGCGCUCACACGCGUCUCCGACGAGAACGAGCGGCUCAACGGGGAGAUUGCCGAGCUCAAUCAUCAGGUGUCUUUGCUGAAGCAGAACCAGGUGGAGUUUGAGUCGACCAAGCACGAGAGCCAGCGGCUGCAGGGGGAGCUGGAAGACCUUCACCUUCAGCUAGAAGAGCUGGGGGGGCUCAAGUCCAUCGUGGAGCGCAAGCUGCAGGAGGCGCUGAGUUCCCUGGGCCAGGAGCGUGAGCAGAAGCACAACCUGAAGAAGGAGCUGGACCAGCGGAUCACGCAGGAGUCCAUGUUCAACCUCAGCAACCUGGCGCACCUGGGGGGUCUCAGCGAGGGUUUGAACCUCAACAACCAUCACGAGGAGGAGAUGGACAGCAGCACCCACCCGACUCUCAAGCGAAUCGAGGCCGACUUCUCAUUCCCGGGGAAGAAGGAAGGGGACGCCACUCCGAGGCCGGGCACGGUGGGAGAUAUUCUCAGCGAGAUACAGGUGACAGAGGUGAGCAAGAUGGAGAAGCUUCUGGAACAGUCGGAGUCGGAGAAGAUGGAGCUCCAGAACGCCCUGGACGAUGCCAAAAAGCUGAUCGAGGACACGCAGAAGGACCUCAUCGAGCAGAAGGAGCGAGCAGACCAGCUCAAGGCCACCAUCGCCCACGUGGCCUCCAUGCACGAAAGGCAGGCGCUGCCCAACGACCUCCAGGUGUCGUAUGACGAGGGCCUACUGGCGGAGAUCGCGGGAGAGACAGACCCCGACAAGAAGGCGCUGCUGGAGCUGAAGCAGAACCUGCAGCACAAUGAGAAGAAAUACGGCACGGCCAUGAGGGAGAUAGGCAGCCUCCAGGCCGAGAUCUCACGUCUGCAGGCCCGCAACGCCGUCGUCGGGAACCCCGAUAUUGAACAGGCACUCUCUGCCCUGAAGAAGCAGUGCGACCAGUACGAGAAAACCAUCAAGGAGCAGGAGGGAGACCUACAGUCUGCCACGCAGGCCGCCUCCAGCGCCAACUCCAGUCUCAACAGUGUACAGGGCGAGCUGACCCGCAUCACGGAGGAGCUGGCCCAAGUGUACCACCUGGUGUGUCAGGUGACGGGCGACACGCCCUCGCGUGUCAUGCUGGACCACGCCAAGAGCGGGUCGGUGCGGCCCGAGGACCGGCCGCCCAGCGAGGAGAGUUCUCCACCGGGCGUGUCCCCGGCCGGCGACGCUGACAGGUCACAGUCGGGCACGGUGGGCGAAGUGUCCAGCUCCGUCCCCCCAGCCCCCGUGUCCAGCUCCACACCAAAGUCUGCGGCCAAGUCUGGCCAGCUGCCGCCAUCGGAGGCCAAGCAGGACCCCACUUCCUGCGGCACUCUCUCCAACACCAUUGUGGAUCAGGUUCGGUUCCUGCGCGGAGCCAUCGAGCACCUGAUGGAGUUGUCCCAGCAGUGGCAGCAGAGCGGGGACGGGCCGGGGGAUACGCUCGAGGAGACACAGGAGCUGCAGGAACAGGUGGUCAAGUUGAAGGCCAUGCUGUCCACCAAGCGCGAACAGAUCGCCACGCUGCGCUCCGUCCUCAAGGCCAACAAGUCGACGGCCGAGGUGGCCCUGGCCAACCUGAAGCAGAAGUACGAGAACGAGAAGGUCAUCGUCACGGAAACCAUGAUGAAACUGAGGAACGAACUCAAAUCCCUGAAGGAGGACGCUGCGACCUUCGCUUCGCUCCGCGCCAUGUUCGCCCAGCGCUGUGACGAGUACGUGACUCAGCUCGACGAGAUGCAGCGGCAGCUGUCGGCUGCGGAGGAAGAGAAGAAGACGCUCAACUCCCUGCUGCGUAUGGCCAUCCAGCAAAAACUGGCGCUCACCCAGAGGCUGGAGGACUUGGAGUGUGACCGUGAGGCCCACCGCAAUAACCGCAGGCAUGGCGGGCCCAGGUCGGGCAAGAUGGGGAACUCCAAGGGACUGAACAGUAAGAAGCUGAUGUCCUGUAGCCCCAGCAGCUGCGGCAGUCAGCCCAUGACCACCAGCAUCACAGAGGACCGCAUGUGACACGCCGGACAGGAAGUGACCCCUGCACGCACGCGCUCGCUCGCUCGCUCACUCGAACAAGUGCAUGUGUCCUUGUGAUGUCAUCACUGUGACCUCACGCCCGAGGACGAUGCGUGGCGUGACGUGGCGUUAGGUUUUGGGGUGGGUUAUGGAAGUGACCUCAUUUUUCUCCCUGUCUCGCUGCAGCGCACCCGAGACUCCAUAAAAAGAUGAUGAGUGGGAUGUGCUGAGUGGAGUAGGGAAGGGGGGUGGGAGGGGAGGGUGUGUAUUCCUCCCCUUUGGGAGGGCGGUUGCGUUAUCGGGGACACCACGUGCAUUCCUCCUUUUGUAUCUUGUUAUGUCGGGCCGGGCAGGGUGUGCGGUGGGUGUCGUACGGUUCGCGUGCGUGUGUGAAGCUACUAAAUACUACACAGCUGUUGUGUGUGCUGUCUCUCUGGCCCACUGAUCUUUGUCUCACGGGUUCUUGUCAGUUUAUAUAGGACUGCUUUAGCCCAGAAGAUGCUGCCUGUGUGUGUGUGCGUGCGUGCAAGGGUCUGCUCGACUUAAAAAGUUGAUGCAGUUUCCCUUUUGUGUGAUGCACCAGAACGCGUGAUGUGUGUGAGCAAGAGAGAGAGAGAUUUAUUUACACAUGCAUGUCCCUGGAUCGAGAGAAAGAGAGAGAUUUUGAGAUUUUAUCUUCUGCUUAGACUUGUGUACCUCAGAAUGCUUGAUCCAAAACUAGAUUUGUUUGCUGUAAGAUUUUGUACACACUUUUCUGGCAAUAUUUCUCUGUAUGUAUUUCAAAGUAGUUGGCGAUUCGUGUACUCUAUACAUACAUGCUUUUUAUCAUUGUACGGACAUUUUUAUUUGCCAGGUUUUUUUUACUGCCAUAGAGCACCAUGAUACUGUGGUGAGGUAGUCGUGACUUGUGUGGUACCGUACGGUAGUCAUGACUUUGUGUUGUGUGUGGUGCGGUGGUCAUGACUUGUGUAUGGUGAGGUAGUCAUGACUUGUGUGUUGGGCGGGCCGCUCUCUGCCCGUCGUCCUCAUGAACUAUAGGGCCAGUUUGAAGUGACGAAAAGUUCAUAAUGGACGACGUAAGAGGAAAACUGGAGUGUUUUCAGACUAUUUAUUCCAUGUAAGUGACGCAUUUAUCCAGCUCUACUCUGUCUGAGAGUAGGUAUAUACCUAGUAAGGUGAAGGUCGUAGAUAAACUUGUCUAUAGUAGCAGUACUGCUGAAGAAAGUACUUGGAACCACUCCUCUUGUACUGCUGAAGAGAGUAGGCUACUGGGUGUAGAUUCUAUCCCUGGCGUGUCUCCAAAGAUUGUUCCGACAUAUGAUCACAGGACUAUUAUUACAAGGGAUGUAAAUUAUUGUACCUACAGGGAACGUGUAGCGUUGUCCCUCCUCGUAUGUGGUGUAGCGAAUAUGUUUUUAUUUAUGCUAAUUAAUUAUUACCAGGCUUGUCAUUUGACUAGGAUGUUCUAUAAUUUUGUUCCUCUGAUUGUCGGUGUUCAGUAUCACUCCAGGGUCUGCAUUUUCUGAUAUUUCCUCACCCCCCACCCCCACCCCUUUUUGUUAAAAACGUGAAUGUUUUUACUCCUUCAAUCUCUUCUCAUAAAAACAACAACAGAACUGGCACACGUGACCUACUUUCUGUGUGUCCACCAUGUGAUAUUUUCUUCCUCCAGCUUACAGUUUGUUUUUGUUUCGUUUUGUUUUUAUUUCUUUUUUCCAUAUUGGAAAGAAAGGACGAAUUUGUAUCUCAGCUGAGUCUGUCUUGACUCAGGAUUUUGUGUGUGUGUGUACCUUUACGGGUCAAACAUGGUGGUUAAAGAUCAAAAGUCACUGCGGUGGGUGACCCCCUGUCCCUUGGUUGGGCUGGGCAGGGCCGCGAAUGACUUGAGAUUUUCUCUCUCUCUCUCCUCCAUCCACAGCUGGGUGUACCCUGGCAGAGGUUCCACCUCACCCUCUUCACGUCUUUCACGUGCACCCAGCAUAAUGACCACAUACAUUUCCCCCGUUCUCUCAUCCCAAUGAUCUGCUACUUCUCUCAUCUUUGUCUUUCUUCUAUCUUUCUUUCUUUUCUUCUUUCUGUCUUCUGCCGAUACUCGCAAGUAUGCCAGUGUUUCAACACCCUUCCUUGUUGGGUGUAGGCAAAUUGUCUUGUUCUGUACCGCGCUAUUUUGUAAAAACGAAAUCAUCAUUAUUUAAACUUGUGUUUAUGAAUAAAACGCAUCAAGGAUUAA